CUGUGGUGCUGCCGCCGCCGCCGCCGCCGCUGGAGUUGACUCUUCUGCUCGCACUGCUGCUGCAGCACAAACGUGACUUCCAACAUUUUUUAUUUAUCUUUCCCUUUUCUUUUCCAAGAUGUAACUACAGAUCAGACACUAAGGACCUUCACGUUUCGCUGAUGUAGUUUUUGGAGGAAAAAGGGGGGGAGUGAAGGGCGUCGGUUUUUUUUGUGUGUGUGUGUUUCGGGGGAAAUUUUCCAUUAUGAGUGUUUUACUAAAGUGAAUUUUUUUUUGUUUGCUUCGUUCGUCUUUGGCUCUUUUUUUUUUUUUUUCCUUCCCAAUUUCGGAUUUAUUUCAAGGCGAAUCGGGCUUUGGGGGAAGAGGAAGAAAAGUCGGAUUACAAGAUCAACCACCACCAACAACAAUAAAAACCACCAGGAUAUUUUUUUGCAAAUUUCUGACGGCUUUAAAUUCAUGAAGCAAUUGUCCCCUUUUGCAAUCAGCAUUUGGAUCUCAGAAUGAGCAAGGAAAGACCCAAGAGGAAUAUCAUUCAGAAGAAAUACGAUGACAGUGAUGGGAUUCCAUGGUCAGAAGAAAGGGUGGUGCGGAAAGUCCUCUAUCUGUCUCUGAAGGAGUUCAAGAAUGCUCAGAAGAGGCAGCAUGGGGAAGGCAUUGCUGGGAGCCUGAAGACCGUGAAUGGGCUCCUUGGUCAUGGCCAGUCUAAGGGAUUAGGACCAGCGUCAGAACAGUCAGAGAAUGAGAAGGACGAUGCAUCCCAGGUGUCCUCAACUAGCAACGAUGUUAGUUCUUCAGAUUUUGAAGAAGGGCCGUCGAGGAAAAGGCCCAGGCUGCAAGCACAGAGGAAGUUUGCUCAGUCUCAGCCGAACAGUCCCAGCACAACCCCGGUGAAGAUCGUGGAGCCGUUGCUGCCCCCUCCAGCUACUCAAAUUUCUGACCUCUCUAAAAGGAAGCCCAAGACAGAAGAUUUUCUUACCUUUCUCUGCCUUCGAGGCUCUCCUGCGCUGCCCAACAGCAUGGUUUAUUUCGGAAGCUCUCAGGACGAGGAGGACGUCGAGGAGGAAGACGAUGAGACGGAAGACGUCAAAACAGCCACCAACAAUGCUUCAUCUUCAUGCCAGUCAACCCCCAGGAAAGGAAAAACCCACAAGCACGUUCACAAUGGACAUGUUUUCAAUGGUUCCAGCAGGUCUCCACGGGAGAAAGAACCUGUUCAAAAACACAAAAGCAAAGAAGCCACUCCCGGGAAGGAGAAGCACAGCGAUCACCGGACUGACAGCCGGAGGGAACAGGCGUCAGCGGCCCCGCCCCCAGCGGCCCCCUCCACGGGUUCCUCGGCCAAGGGGCUCGCUGCUAACCACCACCACCCCCCUCUGCAUCGGUCGGCUCAGGACUUACGGAAGCAGGUUUCGAAGGUAAACGGAGUCACUCGAAUGUCGUCAUCUCUGGGUACAAGUGCGACCGGUGCCAAAAAGAUGCGCGAAGUCAGACCUUCACCGUCCAAAACUGUGAAGUACACUGCAACGGUGACUAAGGGGACUGUCACAUACACCAAAGCCAAGAGAGAACUGGUCAAGGAAACCAAACCCAAUCCCCACAAGCCCAGUUCCGCCGUCAACCACACAAUCUCAGGGAAAACCGAAAGUAGCAAUGCAAAAACCCGCAAACAGGUGCUAUCCCUCGGGGGGGCGUCCAAGUCCACCGGGCACGCCGUCAAUGGCCUCAAGGUCAGUGGCAGGUUGAACCCAAAGUCAUGCACUAAGGAGGUGGGGGGGCGGCAGCUGAGGGAGGGGCUGCGGAACUCCAAGAGGAGACUGGAGGAGGCCCAGCAGCCCGAGAAGCCGCAGUCGCCCCCCAAGAAGAUGAAAGGGUCGGCCGGCUGCGCCGAAGCCCCCGGCAGGAAGGCGGCCGCGGCGGUCCCCGCGGCCCCGGCCCCCGCGGAGAGAGCCCCGCCGCCCGGCCACGCCAAGAAGGAGGUGCCCGAGCGGAGCUCGGAGAGGAGCCGGCCGAAGCGGGCCGCGGCCGGCAAGAGCACGCCGGGCAGACAAGCACACGGCAAGUCGGACGGCGCCUCCUGUGAAAAUCGUUCUACCUCGCAAACGGAGCCCUUGCACAAGCCGCACGAGGCGGCGGCCAAGCCCGACAAGGGGGGCGGCCGGGCCGGCUGGGCGGCCAUGGACGAGAUCCCCGUGCUCAGGCCGUCCGCCAAGGAGUUCCACGACCCGCUCGUCUACAUCGAGUCGGUCCGCGCUCAGGUGGAGAAGUACGGCAUGUGCAGGGUGAUCCCGCCUCCGGACUGGCGGCCCGAGUGCAAGCUCAACGACGAGAUGCGGUUUGUCACGCAGAUUCAGCACAUCCACAAGCUGGGCCGGCGCUGGGGCCCCAACGUGCAGCGGCUGGCCUGCAUCAAGAAGCACCUCAGAUCUCAGGGCAUCACCAUGGACGAGCUCCCGCUCAUAGGAGGCUGCGAGCUCGACCUGGCCUGCUUUUUCCGGCUGAUUAACGAGAUGGGCGGCAUGCAGCAAGUGACUGACCUCAAAAAGUGGAACAAACUGGCGGACAUGCUGCGCAUCCCCAAAACCGCCCAGGACCGGCUGGCCAAGCUCCAGGAAGCCUACUGCCAGUACCUGCUGUCCUACGACUCCCUGUCCCCGGAGGAGCACCGGCGGCUGGAGAAGGAGGUGCUGAUGGAGAAGGAGAUCCUGGAGAAGCGGAAGGGGCCCCUCGAGGGCCACACGGAGCAUGACUACAACAAGUUCCACCCCCUGCCUCGCUUCGAGCCCAAGAACGGGCUCAUCAACGGCGUGGCCCACAGGAACGGCUUCCGCAGCAAGCUCAAAGAGGUGGGCCAGGCCCAGCUCAAGACGGGCCGACGGCGACUCUUUGCUCAGGAAAAGGAAGUGGCUCGAGAGGAGGAGGAGGACAAGGGCAUCCUCAGUGACUUCCACAAAUGCAUAUACAAGGGAAGGUCUGUGUCUUUAACAACUUUUUAUCGAACAGCAAGAAAUAUCAUGAACAUGUGUUUCAGCAAGGAGCCCGCCCCGGCUGAAAUCGAGCAAGAGUACUGGAGGCUCGUGGAAGAGAAGGAUUGCCACGUGGCCGUGCACUGUGGCAAGGUGGACACCAACACUCACGGCAGCGGAUUCCCAGUGGGAAAAUCAGAACCGUUUUCAAGGCACGGAUGGAACCUCACCGUCCUCCCCAAUAACACAGGGUCCAUCCUGCGUCACCUCGGUGCUGUGCCUGGAGUGACAAUUCCCUGGCUAAACAUCGGCAUGGUCUUUUCUACCUCAUGCUGGUCUCGAGACCAAAACCACCUUCCCUAUAUCGACUACUUACACACUGGUGCUGACUGCAUUUGGUAUUGCAUUCCUGCUGAGGAGGAGAACAAGCUGGAGGAUGUGGUCCACACCCUGCUGCAAGCCAACGGUACCCCAGGGCUACAGAUGCUGGAGAGCAACGUCAUGAUCUCCCCGGAGGUGCUGUGCAGGGAGGGGAUCAAGGUUCACAGGACCGUGCAGCAGAGCGGUCAGUUUGUCGUCUGCUUCCCGGGGUCCUUUGUGUCCAAAGUGUGCUGCGGCUACAGCGUCUCUGAGACCGUGCACUUUGCCACCACCCAGUGGACGAGUAUGGGCUUCGAGACGGCCAAGGAAAUGAAGCGUCGCCACAUAGCUAAGCCGUUCUCCAUGGAGAAGCUCCUCUACCAGAUUGCACAAGCGGAAGCAAAAAAGGAGAACGGCCCCACUCUCAGUACCAUCUCCGCCCUUCUGGAUGAGCUCAGGGACACGGAGCUGCGGCAGCGGCGGCAGCUGUUCGAGGCCGGCCUCCACUCGUCCGCCCGCUACGGCAGCCACGACGGCAACGGCGCCAUGGCGGAUGGCAAGAAAAAGCCUCGAAAGUGGCUGCAGCUGGAGACGUCAGAGAGGAGGUGUCAGGUCUGCCAGCACCUGUGCUACCUGUCCAUGGUCGUGCAGGAGAACGAGAACGUGGUUUUCUGCCUGGAGUGUGCUCUGCGCCACGUGGAGAAGCAGAAGUCCUGUCGAGGGCUGAAGCUGAUGUACCGCUACGAUGAGGAGCAGAUCAUCAGUCUGGUCAAUCAGAUCUGCGGCAAAGUGUCUGGUAAGAAUGGCAGCAUCGAGAACCGUCUCGGCAAACCCACACCGAAAAGAGGGCCCCGCAAGAGGGCGACCGUGGACGUGCCGCCACCCCGGCUUUCCUCCUCCGGUUCCCCCCGAAGUGCUUCGAGCUCGUCGUGAAGAUGCCAACACCCGUGUCGAUCGAUAUAUAUUUUUUUGUAAUUAUGAUAUUCUAGUUUGGAGUACUUGCUGUAGGAUACAAGCUGUCUUUGCACUAGCUCUAAAGAAGAUUUUCUUCUGGUUUUAGAGAACUAAUUUUGUUUUAGCAUUAAACUGUUGAACUUUUUUUUGUACUUAGAAUACCUAGAUACUGCAGUCAGAUUUUGGAAACUGCCGUAUAUUCACUGUUUUAAAAACCCUUGAGGGGGCUGUAUUAAUUUGUAUCGCCCCUGUGGCUGAAAAAAGCCUUUUUGGUUUUUUGUUUUGUUUUUUUUUGGUUUUUUGUUUUUGUUUUGGUUUUUUUUUUUGGUAACUUGGGGGGAAAAAAGGCUUUUUUAACCCAUUUUCGAAGAGGGUGAAGUUUGGAGAACAAAUUUUAAAAAACCAGUCAUGUGAGCAGAUUUUUCUAGAGAGGAAAAGGGAUAGGAGACACACACACACACACACACACACAAAACUUGAAAAGAAAUGGCUUUACUUUGGCUGUCUUUUCUUCUGUCAUGUGCAAAAUGAGUUUGUAAUUUUUAAAACCGGAGAACCCCCAUUUUGUUUCUUUGGGCGGUUACGGCAGCUGAAGGCGGACGUUGUUUCCUAACCCGAGGCAAAAUGCGGAAGGACGACGAGGUUCUCUUUACCAGCACAUCUCUAUGCAUCUGUUUAAGGGAAAGAGGAGAGCGAGAGAAGAAAGCAGACUGCCUGCCUUGGAGGGGUCACGUGAGGGAAACCUGUGCCUGAUUUCAUUAGGAAAUCCAUUCUGUUAUUUUUUGGUGCUGUUGGCUACUUUAUCAAAAAACCCUUCAAUAGCAUCCUUAAGAAAAAAAAAAAAACCACAAAAAAACAAAAAAGGAAAAAAAAGUGAUCGAAGCCGAAAGUGCUUCUUUGUCCUAGACGUGCAAUCUCUCUAACAUUCCGUCUUCAUGUCACUGCUUGGUUUACACCUUCACAAGUCAGCAUUAAUCUUUCUUUCUAAACUCGUUUCGUUGACGGUCACACUUAGAGCCACUAGGAGGUCUGCAGUUCUUUCUGAAUGUGAAAAUGCAUUUGCGCUCAUCUUGUCUAUUUUUUCUCUUCAUGUUGUAACAAAAAAAAAAGAAAAAAAGAAAAAAAAAGAAUCCCAUCCCUUUUGUACAUACGCCUGUAAAUUGUUUUAAAUACUUGAGCCUUUUUCUCGGUGGGGGGUGGGGAGGGUGCGAGGACAAGAUGAAGAAAAGCCUUACGUUUCCGUUUCUUCAUCGGGUGGAUUGGAUGCUUACAGGGUUUUUCUUGUAACAUUUAUAAGUGCUGCUUACAUCACUGAACAACAACAACAAAAUAAUAAUGGAGUAGCUGUUGCCCUUCUCCGGUUGUGUGUACAGUACGUGUGGAAUAAAAAAGGGAACUGUUUUCA